UUAGAAACGGUUGAUAUUCUUCCGAGAUCUUGGGAAGAACUUCCUCCUUGCAGUCACAGCGGCAUAUGUAACCACCUAACGUGGUAUUUCACGGCAUCUCAAGUCCAUUUUAUGUUUACACCCAGCCUUAAAAUGCUACUUGCAGCUUUACCGAGUAGGGUCAAGCUCAUUUCAGGACGUUCGUUGGCGUUUACCGCCGCUCGGUUGUAUUCUGCUGGCCCUGCAGCCGCCAACCCGGUCGUCUACUUUGACAUUGCUGCUGACAACCAGCCCGUCGGAAGAGUAACAUUCGAGCUGAAUGCAGAUGUUGUGCCCAAAACAGCAGAGAACUUCAGAGCACUGUGCACCGGAGAACAUGGUUUUGGCUACAAGGGAUCCAUCUUCCACAGGAUCAUUCCUCAGUUCAUGUGCCAGGGGGGAGACUUCACUAAUCACAAUGGAACCGGAGGGAAAUCUAUCUACGGACCCAAAUUCAAAGACGAGAACUUCGAUCUGAAGCACACAGGACCUGGCAUUUUGUCAAUGGCCAACGCUGGGCCCAACACCAACGGAUCUCAGUUCUUCAUCUGCACCGACAAGACCGAGUGGCUGGAUGGGAAACAUGUUGUGUUUGGCAUCGUGACCCAGGGACUGGAUGUGAUCAGGAAAGUGGAGAUGUUCGGAUCUCGUUCGGGGCGAACCUCCAAGAGUAUCACCAUCGCAGACUGUGGAGAGCUUCAGUAGUCAGGGAGUCCCAAAUUGUACCCUAUUCCCUAUAUAGUGCACGACAUUGUACCCUAUUCCCUAUAUAGUGCACGACAUUGGGAAAUGGGACACGCCCAUGAAGCGGACAUGAUGGUUUCUAAUAGCCUGGUGGGAUUUUUUUAAUUUUUAUAUAAUUUGUAUUAUUGUUUGACAUAAAAGAUUAAAAACACGAGGAAAUGAGUUCCAAGUGAUUUUUAAUUGUAUAAAUCUGUUUCCAGGUAUUCCCACGCAUACAAUAGAGAUGUGAUUGUAAACAAAUGUAAACAAGUUUUGGAACAAUAAGCUGUAGAUCUUUCUCUUUUAAACACAGUGACAAAAGUGGGUUUUAGUUUUUUUUAGGAUAUUGUGUCAAACACCGUUUUAGGGAGAAAGUUUGACUUAUUCUGUGAUUUGAUCUUUUUUGAUAAAUGAUUUCUACCACGUA